UUGACAGUUCUGAAGAGUUUAAAUACAUGAAAUAUCCAGGUUGAGUAAAUACAAAUUCCACUUAAAUUUUGUGUUGUAUUUUCACCCAAAAAUUAACUUGCCCCGUUUUAUAAAUAAUCAGUGAUAAGAAAAAUAAACAUUGAUUAUUGAGACCACGACUAGACAAAUCGAGUGAUAACAUAUUGAAUUAAUAAGAGCAAUUGGGAUUAAAUUUGAUAUGUCAUCGUAACUUUAGCUCGUAAGAAAUUAUGCUCUAAUAAAUUUCUCAAGUUUCAAUAGCCGUCGUAAUCAAGAGGAUAAAUUCUUAUAAGGUACAAUACGUUGUAAUUGCAAAACUAGUAAAAACUAUCCCGGACGUAUCUCUAAUUACAUAAUUGCCUCAAAAGUUCUUAUCUGAAAAACUAAUUUCGAACGGUUACCUUUGAUGCCACAAACAGUGACCCUUUAUCUCAAGAAGGUGCACAAACAGUAAAAAUAAAUCAAUGGCUCGAAUCCAACUGUAGUCGUUUGUUAGCAGUCGCGCAAUAUGUCUCUGCACGCGUUAAUAGUGUUAUCAAAUUUAUUCCUCUUGGUCCACUCUUACAAAAUCCUGGCGUUGUUUCCUCAUCCCGGGAAAAGUCACGUAGACGUCUUUCUUCCUUUAACGAAAGCUCUAGCAAGAAAAGGUCACGAAGUUACCGUGAUCAGUCACUUCCCGUUGAAAACACCACAAAUCAACUACAUAGACGUGAGUCUAGGGAACGAAUCCACCCCCUUAGUUAACAUACUCGAUAUGGAUAAUAAAACAAAAACGAGAUGGGACAGAUGGGGUAUUAUACACCUACUAAAAGAAUUCGCAAAAUAUUCGUGCAAAACUGGAUUCGAAUCGCCUCACUUGCAAGAGUUUCUCAAACAUCAACACACUUUUGACGUGGUCAUUGCUGAAUUUUUCAACAGUGAUUGUUUCGCUGGGUUACUGAAUAAAUUUAAAGCACCAUUGAUUGGUAUUAGUUCUUGUACCAUAAUGCACUGGACUAAUGAGAGAUUUGGGAAUCCCACGCAUCCAGCCUACAUUCCAAAUAAUCUCCUGGAUUUUAAUGACCGAAUGAUGUUUUUUCAGCGAAUUGAAAAUCUGUUAAUUGGAAUGUUUCAUCAGUUUUUUUAUAACAAAAUCAUAAUGAACACAGAUGAAACGGUUAUUCAAAAAUAUCUCGGAUAUGAAACACCAACGCUCAAACAAAUUGUUUUUAAUGCCAGUUUAUUGCUAGUAAACACACAUUUCAGUUUAAAUCUACCGAGGCCUCUAGUACCUGCUGUAAUCGAAGUUGGGGGGAUUCACAUUGAUAAACCAAAAAAAUUACCACAAGACCUCGAAAAAUGGAUAAACGAAUCCACCCACGGAGUUAUUUACUUCAGUCUGGGCUCGAUGAUCAAAGGGCACACGUUUCCCGAUGAGAAAAGAAGCGAAUUUUUGAAAGCUUUCGGACGUUUGCCGCAGCGAGUCCUUUGGAAAUGGGAGAACGAAACGAUGUCGGGAAAACCAGACAACGUAAUGAUCCAGAAGUGGAUGCCUCAACUUGACAUUCUCUGCCAUCCGAACGUGAAAGCUUUCAUAUCUCACGGAGGACUCUUGGGGACGACCGAAGCUGUCCAUUGCGGCGUUCCAGUGGUGGUAAUGCCGCAAUAUGGCGAUCAGUUCACCAAUGCCAGAGCGCUGGAAGCGAACGGCGGAGGAGUCAUUUUACAUUUAUCUGAAGCAACAGAAGAGAAAAUCCACGAUGCGCUGAGAACGAUCCUGGAUCCACAGUUUCAGAAACAAGCGAAGGAGCUUUCAGCGCGUUUCAGGGACCGUCCACUUCCGCCCCUCGAAACCGCCAUUUAUUGGGUCGAAUAUGUUGCACGUCACCGAGGAGCGCACCAUAUGCGAACUGCAGCUGUGGACAUGCCGCUCUACAAAUAUCUCCUUCUCGAUGUGAUCGCUUUCCUCUUGUUAGUCGCCGGUUUGGUUUUCGCCCUUUUCUUCUACGUCACUAGAGCCGUUUUCAGAAAAUUAUUCACGAAAAGAGACAAACAAAAAACCAAUUAAUCGAAAUGUUGUUGUGUAUGUGAAGGCUGUGCCUCUAUCCAUCUGUUAGUCUGCAUAAAUUUCGUAGGGAAAUAAAAACGUCCAAUUUAUAAAAGUA